AUGGCACCCCUCACACCGCACUGGACUCAGCCGUCGCACCCCGACGUGCAAGAGGUCAUCAAGGCCAGCGAGACCGAGUUCCUCACCAAGAGCCUCUCCAAAGUCGCCCUGCCGCCCUUUGCCGUCUUCUCCAAGAUGUCCUUCCCGCCUUGCACCCUCGCCGACAAGCCCACCUACGCGACCGUCCAAUGUGGCAAGGACAAGCACCUCGAUCUCAACAGCGACAUGCUGUACAUCAACCAUUCGUGCGAUCCCUCGCUGGUCAGUCAUGCUGUCCCCCCCUCCCCGGUGCACCCGACGAUGGACCCAGCGUUGCCGCUCUUCCUCCGCGCCGAACUGAACCUGCAUCUGUCAUUUUCGACACGGGCAACUUGA